CUAACCAUUUUAAGACAAAAAAUUUAAACCUUUUGAAUUCCUAUUUCCUUUACGCAUUCAGGUUCUUGUAGGCCGUAUAUAUGUACAAAAUACCAAACUUAAAUCUGGAGUUUUAGAUAAGAAAAUGGCUAUGAAUGAGUUGAAGAAGAAGAAAGCAGAACUUAUAUUGAUUCCCUUACCAGGGAUUGGCCACUUAACUUCAUCACUUGAAUUUGCAAAACUCUUAAUCAACACUCACAACAAUCUUCACAUCACAGUCUUAUGCAUCAAGGUCCCAGACACACCCUUUUCAGAUUCAUACAUCAAAUCAGUUUUAGCCUCACAACCAAAAAUCCAACUCAUUGAUCUUCCUCAAGUGGAACAACCACCAAAAGAGCUAUUGAUAUCACCACCAAAAUACCUCAAAAUUCUCAUUCAAACACUCAUACCUCAUGUCAAAGCUACCAUUCAAAACAUUUUAUCAUCCCAUUCCAACCCAGUUGUUGGGUUGGUCUUAGAUUUCUUCUGUGUUUCAUUCAUUGAUAUAGGAAAUGAACUUGGUAUCCCUUCUUAUUUGUUUUUCACAUCAAAUGUUGGAUUUUUGGCGUUCAUGCUUUCACUUCAAAAACGCCGAAUUGAAGAUGUUUUCAAUUAUUCUGAUCCUGAAUUGUUGGUUCCUGGUUUCUCAAAUCCGGUACCUUCUUCUGUUUUACCCAAGGAAGUUUUUCUCAAAGAUGGUUAUGAGGCCUAUUACAAGCAUGCUGAGAGAUUCAAUGACACCAAAGGGAUUAUUGUUAAUACAUUUUCAGAGUUAGAGAAGUAUGCUGUUGAUGCAUUAUAUGACCAUUAUGACAGAACCCCUCCUAUUUAUGCAGUUGGUCCUUUGAUUGAUCAAAAAAGUCAACCUAACCCAAAUUUAGAUCAAGCUCAACAUGAACUUAUAUUGAAAUGGCUAGAUGAGCAGCCAUACAGAUCUGUUAUCUUUUUAUGUUUUGGGAGCUGGGGAAGCUUUGGUUUAUCUCAAACAAGAGAAAUAGCAUUAGGACUUAAGCUGAGUGGAGUAAGAUUCUUGUGGGCUAUGAGGUCUCCACCAACAAGUAACAAUGAAGAAAGAAUUUUACCAGAAGGGUUUUUCGAAUGGAUGGAAGGUAAGGGAAUGAUAUGUGAAUGGGCACCCCAAGUUGAGGUUUUGGCACAUAAGGCUAUUGGUGGGUUUGUUUCACAUUGUGGAUGGAAUUCCAUUUUGGAAAGUUUGUGGUUUGGUGUGCCAAUAUUGACUUGGCCUAUUUAUGCAGAACAACAGCUUAAUGCUUUUAGGAUGGUGAAGGAAUGGGGUAUAGUUGUGGAGUUGAGAGUGGAUUAUAAAGCAGGUAGUGAUGUUGUAUUGGCUGAGGAGAUUGAGAAAGGGUUGAAGCAUUUGAUGGAGAAAGAUAAUAUUGUGCAAAUUCAAGAGAUGAAAGAUAUGGCUAGGAAAGCUGUUAUUGAUGGUGGAUCUUCUUUCAUUUCUGUUGGAAAACUUAUUGAUAAUAUGAUAGGAAGCAACUGAUAAUAAACUAAUGUUUUUAUUUAUUGAUGGAGUUGCUAUUUCCUAGUAUCAAUGAAUAAAUGAGUGUUUUUAUGUUAGUUACUAUAGCUUGUGUAAGUACCUAAAAUUUGAUGAAUGAAUUUAAGUUGAAAAUGGAAA